AUUACUAUGGAGGUAGAUACGCCAGUUACAACCACGCCAACUGCUCGGGCUACCAAUACGCCACGCACCGGGCCCUCACCAGCGCCCCGAACUGUGGUUGCAACAACGCCGGCAACUGCCCCGGCAACCACGCCGGCCCCUGCACCGGCAACCGCGCCUGUACCGGCAACCGCGCCUGCACCGGCAACCGCGCCUGCAGCGGCAAAACGCGCCUGCAGCGGUCCUUCAAUCCACACCUCGCGGUGGCACUCGGCCACCACCACACCCAUCACGGACUUUGGAGACCCUAAGGUGCCCCAUCUGUCGGCGCCCACAUCGCCUGCACCAUUGUGGCAUAUUUCGGGGUAUGCGACCCGUGCAACGGCAGCAAGUUGCCCAGGCCCACGGGCAUUGCCAGAACUGCCUGUCACAUACACAUGUGACUGCAGCGUCGCGGCACGCGAAGCGAACCGGCCACCCAUCCAACGCGGCCGCAUACCCCGCUUCCAAUCCGCAGCUCGUGGCGCACCCCAGCGAAGCGGAACCUCUUCGCGGCGUCGACAGCCUGGGCCACCACCUCGUCGGUCUACUGGACUGAGCAGCGUUGUGGCUACGCUGCAACAGCUGCAGCGCCUUUUAGGCUAA